GUAGGUGAAGCACUGCUGGGAGGUGCUGUGGUUUGUUAAUGGAGCAUUGGGGAGGUGUGGUGUGGUUUGUAGGUGGAGCAUCGGAGAGGUGUGGAGGCCUAUAGGGAAUACAGUUUACGGAACUAAGCAGCAAACAACACAUGUAGUGAGUGCGUACCGGACAAAGCGCUCCAGCACGCACCGUUCCGGUUGUCACCAGGCUGUGAGAGGGGAGGUGAUUUUGCUCAGAUCAGAGAACCAGAUGCUGGUUCAGGACAACUUUCCGAUGAUUGAGGUGUCGAUCCCCUCGCUGGAGCGGGAGGUGGAUGAGUCGGGGAAAUCCACAAAGCUCUAUCGAGUAGACGUCCUGUUCAACGGGAGGAAGCACUGUGUGCUCAGAAGACACAGCGAGUUCCAGGUCCUCCACAGAAAACUCAGGAAGAUAGUGCAGAUCCCCGACUUUCCCAGCAAGAGAAAUCCUCACCUGAGAACCAAACCCGUGGAACAGAGAAGGCAGGAGCUAGAGGACUACAUCCAGGACAUUCUGUAUCAGUAUGAAGAUGUGCCCCAGGAGCUCCUGGACUUCCUCCUCUUGAGACACUUCCACACGGGGAACAAGGUCAACAGUAUGGAGUCCCUGGAUGAUUUGGACGACAAGGGUUUCAGCUACCAACUGCCUCAUCAGCGUGUCCUGGGGUUUUCCGAAGACCCUUACAUCACUAGCUGCCUCUCUGCAGAUGUUCUCCUCGGUCUCCAUUCUGCCUGCUGCUCCAGUUGUCCCAUUAGUAGUUGAACGAGAUGCUAAAUCCCUGGACCAAUCACAUCCUACCAGGAAGUGUUACAGCACUCUUCACCUACAUCAUUAGACUUGCGCCCAUAGAGCCAGAAGAUGUUCUAGUCUAACCCUCCUGUUUACAUAUUUGUGAUAACGCGACAUUUCUAAGACCUUAUUUCCUACAAUGGCCUUCCAUACAAUAACAAAAAGAGAGCCAAGAGACAUACAUAUUUAUGAGGAGGUUCUUUCAAUGAUGACGAGCAAAGACGCAAGGGAGCACGUUGUGCAUCAGGUACUGAUGGGGGCGUCAACGCACCUAGAUAAACCCUAAAGGAAAUAAUGUGUAUGAAACUUAAACCAGAGUUCUGGGGUCGUAUUCACAAAGAAUCCAAGGGCUAAAUGUAGAUAAGUGGGGAAUUUAGGAGUAACUCCUAAAAAUAAUGGGCGUGUCAAUCUUAAAUUUAGGACUCCUAUUUUCUUUUAGUAAGAGCAAUUCACAAAGUAUUUUGAAAGUAGCAUCUAAGUCUAGCAGACCUUAAAAGUCCUCGAGAGGACGUCCUAACUCACCUAAGUGAGUCAGGAGUCAGUAAGACCUAUUCACAAAGAAUCUGAAAACGGCUGCAGCGAGACCAAAUGCUUUGAAAUAAAUGGAGGACUAAUAUAAUAUAUAUACUAUAUAUAUAAUAUAUAUGCUAUAUAUAAUAAUAUAAUAACUAAUAAAUCACUUGAACGAUCAUAAGUGGUCUCAUGUAUUAAUGGUAACACGUCACUUUAAUCAUCAUUAAUUUUUUCAAAUAAUAAUGGGAAUAAAUGGUUUCAAGUAAAAAAAUAAUAUAUCUACUCUUACUUAUGAUUGCUAUCUAUUUAUUGUAAGAUUAUUUAUUUUAUUAUGUUUAUAAUCAGCUCAGUAGCAAUUGGUCCUGUGACCAGUUGGGCUUUCGAUGGCGUUUCACGUCUUUGUCUUUGCUUUCAUUCAUCAGGAGGACCUAAAUGGCGGUAUAGGCUGAUAUUUAAAGUGUUUAAGUGCUGGAAAUAUACUCAUUGGAUAAUAGUUUGCAGUGUGCUUUUAAUUACCUCCAUGAUAUAAUGCAAUUUACGUAUUUUUAUUGUUUGCUUUCUGUCUCUCUAACGUGCAUACAACGUCAUUAUCGUGGUGUGCAAAAACUUGUCAUCAUGAGUGUAUUCUGCCAACUGCAGCGUCCAUCUAUUUGAUAGGACUUCAUUUGUAGCCUAGGCUAUUUCCUGAUUUUUCGUUGAUUAAUUGGGCUCGUUUGUGUGAAGUUGCGAGUUUCAACGAGACUGCCUGUGCCUGCACUUAACAAUCACCGUGCCGACCGCUUCUAAACUCGUGCACGACAAUCGACGUAAGGGGCGUCGCUCUUUUCACUGAUUUAUCCUACGAGUAGGUCUCUGCCAGUGCCAUGGUCUCUGCUAGCCUGGUUCUA